GUAAAACUGUCGCGCUGUGAGUGAUUCGGGAAGAAACAGGAGUGCGGCGUGAACAUGGGGAAGCAGAAGAAAACAAGGAAAUAUGCGACUAUGAAGCGAAUGCUUAGUCUCAGAGAUGAGAGACUUAAAGAAAAGGAUAGAUUAAAGCCUAAAAAGAAAGAAAAGAAAGAUCCCAGUGCAUUGAAGGAAAGAGAAGUCCCUCAGCAUCCUUCCUGCUUAUUCUUCCAGUAUAAUACACAGCUGGGUCCACCUUACCACAUCCUUGUUGAUACCAACUUCAUCAACUUUUCCAUUAAAGCCAAACUGGACUUAGUGCAGUCAAUGAUGGACUGUCUGUACGCCAAGUGUAUCCCUUGCAUAACUGAUUGUGUGAUGGCUGAAAUUGAGAAAUUGGGACAGAAGUAUCGAGUGGCACUAAGGAUCGCCAAGGAUCCACGGUUUGACAGACUUCCAUGCACACACAAAGGAACCUAUGCUGAUGACUGCUUGGUCCAGAGAGUCACUCAGCAUAAAUGUUACAUUGUGGCCACAGUUGACCGGGACCUCAAACGAAGAAUCCGGAAGAUCCCUGGAGUUCCUAUCAUGUACAUUUCUAACCAUAGGUACAACAUUGAACGGAUGCCAGAUGAUUAUGGAGCUCCUCGGUUCUAAUUCUUACUCGACAAGAUUUGCUUGCCUUUCUUUGACCAGCUUUCUCUUGUCAGUUAACUAAACACACUUUUUGAUGUUUUUU